CGUCUCAGAACGGACGAUCGUGAUCGGCGCGCGGCGCGUGCGCAGUGCGAAAAUACCGCGAAUAUUAUAUCCGCACUUAUGAGGUGUCGCACUUGCGCAUUCUUUGGACAAGUGCGUCGCACGCUUCUGCUCCGGUUAAUUCUAUAACAUUCUUGUCUGGUGCAAUUUGUCUUGAGUGUUCCGUAGUGCGAAAUUCGUGAUUGUGCGCUAUUAUUGUGACUCUAUUGCACUGUGUAUGUGGUUUGUUUAAUUAAAGUUCAUUGACGUUUCCAAAUGUAGACAAAAUAAGUAGCGCGAGCGUGGCACGCGAUUUUCCCUCAAAUACAAAUUGUGUAUCAUUACUUUUUUGUAGAAUUUGGUGUGAUUUACUUUUAACUAGUCGUCGAAUAGCGGUGAUCUAAUCGCCGCCUACUUAUUUGUAGUUCAAUAUUUCGUUUGACUUAUGAAAAUAACUUUACAGUCAUGUCCUAAAUUUUGUUAAGUUUCAAGUGAGUGAUUUAGUGCCAAGAUUACAAACGAAACUGCUUAGGCUGUAUCUAUCAGUAAAACUUAAAUCCUCGAGUGAUUCAUCGAAAAUAAUCGAAAGUUGCUUUUACAUGGUGAUAGUGAAACUAUGAACAAUGCUGAUCACCAAGUAUACGGCCAUUUUGCUGGAGAGUGCCAGGACCACGGAGGCAAGGAAUACUGCUCUGAGAUCUGGUGAUGGCAGUGGAUGGUCCUCCUCUUUGGACAGUGCUUCGAGUGGCCAAAGAAGGUGGAGACGCCGUCAAUUUGCUUACAGAAGUGCAACGUUCUUAGAGCCUCACUUGCAGGGCGUGAGACGGCGUGACAGUCGAAGUUCGGACUCUGAUCACGAUGAGCGGUCGACAGAGGACGACGAGCGGUCCCUCCUGCGCUGCUCCCCGCGCACGCGGCUCCCCCCACCCCCACCACCGCCACCAGACGACGAACCUCCUCCACUAAAGCCGAGAGAGUUCUUCGAAAGGCUCCAGAGCCAAGCGAUGAGGGAGGCGCAGGAGCGCAAAAGGCCAAGAGAUCUACCGCUCAAGGAAAACCAACUCUUCAGGCCGGUAGAUGCUGAAGGCAGUCUCGGAGACAGUCUCAGUCAAAGCCGAGAAAGUCUCUCGUCGGACGGCGAGGGCGCCCGAGGUGACUGCUCCUCCGUGGGCUCUUCAGGGUCUGGGUCGGAGGAGCAGCCGCCAUGCGACAUCGGGUUGCUAGAGCGCCUGAUCCGAACGCACCCCGUCUGGUUCCUGCCGGGGAUCCAGAGAGCUGGUGCCUUCCAUCUGCUGCAGGGGAAGGAAGAAGGGAACUUCGUAGUCCGUCAAUCGAGCCAGCCUGAUACGAUGGCCAUCAGCGUCCGUCUGCCGGCCGACAAGGGGCCCUACAUCGAGCAUUACCUCAUCCAAGCUUCAGGAGGUCGCAUCGGACUGGAGACCUCGCACAAUCGCUUCGACAAUAUCCCUGAACUAAUCGCUCAUUAUUCGCAGUGUUGUGAUGAGUUACCAGUCCAGCUACAGUUACCCCGGCCUCUGCGUGAAGCGAAGAGCAGACAUCAACUCAGUUCCCUGGCAUUACUUGGUCAGGAAUUCUGGGGAUAUCCGAUGGCGAACCCGAAGAACAAUCCGCAGAAUCUAAUCUCGCCGUGCCAGCAACUCGUCAAUGGUGUAGUCCCAAUGGCCGUCACCCCUUCCGAUACUGGAUCUAGUCUUAGCAGUUUUAAUGCCAGUUCAGGAAACAUCUCACGGGAUCACAUACUCAGUCCAGACAAGGAUCAAAAUGUAGUGCUAAAGAUGUCGCCAAUAGAAUCAUCUGGUUCUCCACCGAGCCAAACCCAGAGCCUCAGCACAUUCAAAGGAAGAACUGCUCCUUCUCCGCCAGCGAAGCCUAGUGGGACUUUUAUUAGAGCUCCCAGACCUACCCCACCGAAUACCCUAAACCUAAUGACUAGUACGGCUCAUAUAACACAACCUCACUCAUUCCCAACCACCAAUACGCAACACUCUCCCACCCUGAGCAGCGUCAAAUCGACGCCUCCGCCUCCACCCCCGCGGUGGGCCAAACCACCUACCAAAGCAUCCUUAUCGCCCAAAUCUGAAGUCGUGGCUUUCAGUCCUAUUAACAAAGCUUCCCAGAAUGGAAACAUAACAGUCACCACGACAGUCACAUUCAGUGUCAAUAACACACAAAUUCAUAAUCACCAAAUAAACGAGAGCAUACAAAGUGACCGGCUGCAACUAACGCUUGCGUCUAAUACAAUCAACAAUAACAACUGCUCAGAUUCAGUGUUCAGUGUAACAGACGCUACGAAAACUUUUGCUGAUGCUAAUGAAGAACAACAGAGUUUGAUGCAUCGUAUGUCACCAGAGGGAGAGUGCAUCAAUGCAAUGACAUCUAGUUUGCACGGCAGCUUCAAAAGACAAGUGAUAGAACAAAAUUCAACCGAAAUUGGAUCACCUAAUGAACCACAAUCUCAGACAAAUACUUCCGAAUCUGCGGAUCCUAUCGUAAACAGUUACACAAAAUCUAGUAACAGUUUCGGUCCUAACCAAAUUGUGUCACCUAAUGGUACUAAUUCUGUAACCAGUGGUAUUUUCUCUCCAACAAGUCAAAUAAAUUCUCCUGUGUCUAACGACACAAUAUCUUCUAAAAGUGGCGUAUUUUCGCCCCUUAGUCAAACAAAUAAGAGCGAAAUAUUUUCGCCAGUAUCGAGAAGCUCACCAAUAUCUGGCAAAAGUGUUUUCUCUCCUUCUUCUAACCAGUCUAUUGUAUCGCCUAUGAUGGGUAAAGAUAGAGAAAAGAUUUUGUCUCCUAACACAAAUACAACGAGUACUACACCAUCUGGUAGAUCGAGGAGGAGUAGACACUCCCAGCGAAAGGAGUCCAGACAUUACCAGGAAUCUGAUAUCCUCGAAUCUCCAGGCGUGUACUACAGAAGUUCUCUUAUGGACAAAGUAUCAGAUUACGAAGAUAUUUGGGGACCAGAAGGCAAUAACUGUUCGACAUUUAAACCUUCAAAAAUGGAAACCGAUAACAAUAUAAGCAACGGCCUGAUGAAAAGUAAAAGGCCUGACCUUUUGCCAGAUACUUUGCCAAAAUUAAAUGCAGCUAAAAGUACUCAAUCGAUACUGGAGAAAGAAAAUAUGAUAAUUCUGAAUUCUACAGAAAGUCUAAAUGAAAAGAAAAAUCUCUCCGAUAGCUCUUUGAAAAAGAGCUUCAAUGGGUCGACUGAAAUUAUUGCGACUACUAACAGCAAAGGAGAAAUUAUACCAAAGAGGCCGGACAAACUUAAUAUUGCAAUGAACAUGAAUAAGAAAUUGACUGAAGAGAUUGAAGCAUCAUUUAAAAAUAGGGAGGUACAUAAUAACACUGAGAGUAUGGAGACUGUGAAAUUGGAAGAUUGCAUUAAAGACCCGGUAGAUGACGAUUCUGAAAAAGAUAACGCAGGCAGUCCCUUCUACGCCGAUCCUGUAGAUGCCAUAAAAGAAGCUGCUUUGCCUCCAGUGCAACGGAGAAAAUUGCUCAGGGUGGGAAUGAGUUUGGCGCAAAGAUAUUCGGAGCCUCCAAAUCAAAACCACCCUUACUACCCUCUAAGAGACAUGCACAGCAUAGAGGAACUCUCACCUUCUUCACCAAAUACUUCGACGUCUGUGGAUAACCUGGUGUCUUUACGAAGCAAGCCGAAGAUGAAACCAGUGCAGCCACCCAGGGUCGCCAACAAGCCACCCACAGGCAAGAACGACCAGACUUGGACCGUUGACUCCAGUUGGGAGUUCAUAAAUAAAAACGACGAAGGAUCUAACAGCGAAAGUGGUACCUUCCCUUCAUUAGCUGAACAAGAGAGUCGAUUAAGCGGAGUGGACGAUGGAACUCAACAUCUUACUGUUCAUCAGAUAGUAGCUCAGAGAUUCCCAGAAUUGCAUCUGAACGCUGAACCGGUAGCACUUCCAGAGGAGGUGCGAUCUCCUCCCAGAGCAUCCUGUUAUGAUAACGUACACGAUCUCAGACCCUUGUCUGAACAGGCUAGCGACGAUGGGACCGUUUUCUCGGAGCCAUGGGAUAGUUCACAAUGGGACGGUUUAUUACCACCCUCGAACGGGCAGCAAUCUUACGACAUGGACGAACCCUGUGAAUGGGAAUCUCCGAUUCCUAGACGGGGACCAGCUGCUGCAACCCGUGCCAAGAGCUUCAGGGACAGACUGGAUCCUUUGCUUGCUGCAGGACGUGUCCGUGCUCUUCGCGGAGGAAGGACAUCCCGCGGAGCCGGUGCAGCGCUGCGUGCGUACGCGCUUCACCUGGCCCAGGACAAGAGUACCACCUUCGCUCAAAAUGUAGACAACUUCAUUUCGUGUACUCUGGACUCCAAGGAGACUUGUCCACAGGUGAUGAUGCGCAACAUGAGGCAGUUCAUGUCUGGUAUGAAGAAUUACCUCGUGAAGCACGGCGAGAGAGAAUUCGAGAAAGAAGUUGAAAAGGAAAGGCUCAAGUUAAAACCAACGGAAUUUCUGAACUUGGAUGCCAUAUUGGAAGGAGUGAUGCACCGUUUGGUCGUUCGUCCAUUGCGGUCGAAGCUCUAUUCCCUGCUAGCAUCUUGGCACUCGGCUGAUGUGAGGCGACUUCAUGCGGCUAUUGAACGCGCCCAACACGCCACGCCACUACAGCUUGGAAUAAAGGAAUCCACAAAGGUACCAUCAACAGCUGUCUUAGCAGUGAUCUCAAAACAUUUCCUCAAAAUGCAAGAAGCUGAUUCCCCGUUGGACAAACUCGAGAACCUUCUCGCGGCUAUUUCUGUCAUGUUUAAUUCGAUCCGAGGAGAGCGCGCAUUAGGAGCCGACGAUUUACUGCCAGUCCUGGCGUGGACAGUGGCUCGUUGCCGACUGGUCUGCGCAGAACUGGAAGCAGAGUUGAUGGCUGGUCUGCUACCAGCAGCACUGCUAGCCGGAGAGGGGGGGUACUACCUCACCGCCCUGUUCUCUGCUGUUGCAGUGCUGAAGAGACUGGCUCCGGAACCUGGUCCUGAUAGUACUACUCCUUGGCGACGUGGAUCUUUAGAGGCGAACCGCGAUGGGUGUCCGGUAGCGGUGGUUCGUGUGGCACUUCCUGACGAAUGCCGGGGCUCCAUCCGUCGUGUAGCGCUCCCCUGCCGGCCAGGGGCGCGCGCCCGCGACCUCUGCAGAGCUCUAGCGCACGCCGCAGCCAUCACCAACCCACAGGACUACGCCCUGUUUGCUUUACACGACGGACAUGAAACUAUGCUGAAUGAAAACGACUGUCCGCAAGAAGUAAUGACCGAGAUGAAGAGUGGACAGAACUUUAUACUCGCCUACAAGAGGAUAGAUGCCAAAAUCGCAUGGCCGCAACAGGCCCUACUAUCCUACCCCUAAAUAGGUACCUACUAAGUACUCCAAUAACGGCAAUAGAAAUCUCUUAGGAACUAUAACUCAAUAUACUUUUUACUAAAGAAUGUUUCUAAUUGCCUUGAAAUUCUGGUUGUUGAAAAUCAUGCUCGGUAUUAAAACUACUAUUGAUUAAAGUACUAUUGGACAUUGGAAAUUCCUAUAUAUUUUUAUCUUCUGAACAAUAAAUCGAGUGAUAUUUUCUACGAUAUUACCCAACGGAUUUUUAUGUGCUAUCUUCUUCGUAGUUAACUCAUAAGUACAUUGCUGAUAGGCAGUAUUUUUAAAAGCGUCGCUUCUUAAAUACACGCAUACUAAUGUCAUUUUUAAUAAUGUAGCUUUUGUACCCAAUCUAGUUUGUAACUGAAUGUAAUCCGACUGAACAUUUGUACAUUCGUGUAUCGUGUGGUUUUAUUCGUAAUCGUGUGAUGUGUUGUAAAAAGUUCACCACUUUGUUUUAUCAAGAUAAUUUGUUAUAGGAACGGAACUCACUCCCUUUAAAAGGCAGUCAGUUUUUUACUCGGGCGUACUAUAAUUGUAAAUGUUCCUAAAAUUUCAUAAAGUACCCUGAUCGAACUCACCAAAUUUGUUUUUAGUUUUAAAAAUUUUAGUAUUUCUCUAAAAUUUUUCUAGUUCUAAUAUUACUUUUGAAGUAUCGGUAUUUUUACUAAAACUAACUUGUUUAUGAACUGUGAUGUUAUUCGUAUUAGUAAUGUAAGGUUUUGUAUUGAUUUUGUAUAUUCGUAGAGGAGUUUCUUAAUAUAAUUUAUUUAUAUGUAAUCUUAAGGAAGCGUAUUUAAACCGACGUCAAUGGACAAAUUCUAGUGAACAAUUUCUAAUACCAAUAAUAUCAAAAAAAAAAAUACUACUUUCACUUCAUGAAAAUGCAUAAUGGCAAGAUAUGCAAGCAACGUCUAGAAUUUGUUCAUCAAAUAACGUAUUCAGAUAAAUAAACCAUUAACACUGCCAGGUAGCAUAUUUUUGUAACUUUUAUCAAAAUAACAGUACAUUUUGUAUAGCAAUCAUCUCAAUUAUCUCCAUAACAAUCAAUAAGUUCAAUAUCUGAAUAUGUUAGGGUGAUCACCCAUUUGUAUUUAUUACAGUCUUGUAUUUUAACGUUAGUUAUAUAACGCGUAUAAUAUUGUGUUUUUAUAACAUUUUCAGUCACUUGUGAAGAAGUAAACGAAUUUUUACCAAAA